CAUCAUUAGAUAAUUCCACAAUUAGUACAAUGCAAGGCUCAUCAGCUAUAAAAUUGCUGAGUGGUACCUCACAUAGCCAACUCAGUCAGCUUAUAGCCAAGAGACUUGGCAUACCGCUCUGUAACGCUACUAUCGAGCUCAACUCCGCCGGCGAAACUACCGUUGCAUUGCAAGAGAGUGUUAGAGACGACGACGUCUACAUUCUCAACACUGGAUGUGGUAAUGUCAACCAACACCUUAUGGAAACAAUGAUUAUGGUACAUGCAUGUAAAAUAGCAUCAGCUUCUAGGAUAACUGCUGUUAUCCCACACUUCCCAUACGCAAGACAAGACAAGAAGGACAAAAGUCGGGCACCAAUUACAGCUAAGUUGGUAGCAAAUAUGCUUCAAAAAGCUGGAUGUGAUCAUGUUAUUACUAUGGAUCUUCACGCUUCUCAAAUUCAAGGAUUCUUCGAUGUACCCGUCGACAACCUCUACGCUGAACCAUCAACAUUACAAUGGAUGCGCGAUAAUUGUGACGUUGAGAAUACAGUUAUAGUAUCACCAGAUGCAGGUGGUGCCAAACGUGCAACAUCCAUGGCUGAUAAGCUCAACGUCGAUUUCGCACUCUUCCACAAAGAGCGUAAAAAGGCUAACGAAGUCUCACGUAUGGUUCUCGUUGGUUCAGUUACUGGUAAAACAGCUAUCUUGGUUGACGAUAUGGCUGAUACUUGCGGUACACUUGGUCGUGCAGCUAAGCACCUCAUCGAAGCGGGAGCAGAAAGAGUUUUAGCUGUUGUCACUCACGGUAUACUCACCGGCCCAGCUCUUAACGUUAUUACUGAUAGUUCUUUGGAAAAAUUAGUCAUUACUAACACAAUGCCACAACAAGCUAAUAGUGAAGCAUGUGAAAAAAUUGAAGUCAUUGACAUCUCACAAGUUUUAGCUGAAACUAUCAGAAGAUCACACUAUGGUGAGAGUAUCAGCGUACUCUUUUCAAACCUUCCAUAUACACUUGGUGCAAACUAAACACUAAGUGAGGAUUUCUUUUAGCUGAAAACCAAAUUUGUUUUUCAAUUUCUUCCACUUUCUGAAAAAAUGAUAAAGAUGCAUAUUACAAUUUCUGAUAUGACAACGUUGAC